AUGUUGGGCAUCGGCAAGAAGCUCUUCUCGAUGUAUCAGGCGCACGCGGACAAGUCCGGCGGCGGUAUGGGAGCUCCGCGCGACGCGUCGGCGCUGCUUUCGUCCAUGUCGGCGGGCGCAUCGGGCGAGAACAAGUGGAAGCUCACCAACCUGGCCGGCAUUGGCUCGGACGACGACAAGGACCUGCGCGAGAAGGCCGCCGAGUCGGAGGGUGAGUUCGCCGCCGCGGGCGAGGCCCCGGGCCUGGAGAUCUGGCGCAUCGAGAAGUUCCAGCCGGAGAAGCUCGAGCCCAGGGCUGGCAACCUCUCGUUGUACAGCGGCGACUGCUACAUCGUGCUCAGCACCACCCGCAAGCAAGACUCUGACGCACUCGACUGGCAGCUGCACUACUGGAUUGGAAAGGACUGCUCGCAGGAUGAGUCCGGGUCCGCGGCCUACUUUACCGUUAACCUUGAUGAUAUGCUCAACCAAAAGCCCGUCCAGCAUCGCGAGGUCCAAUACAGCGAGUCUUCCUUGUUCCAUUCUUAUUUCGACUCGGUCACUUACCUCGAUGGUGGAAUCGACAGUGGGUUUAACAAGGUUGAACCGGAGGUGUAUAAACCACGUCUUUUGCAGAUGGCAUCACUCGGCGGCACUGUUCGCGUCCUCCAAGUUCCCCUCAAUCCGUCUUCCUUGAACAGCGGUGACAUAUUUUUGCUUGACAACGGCAUGACCAUUUACCAGUUCAACGCCCCCGACGCUGAUUUUAAGGAGCGUCGUCGAGCAAUGGAAAUCGUGGAGCAAGACAUCAAGGCCGAAAGAGAUGGUCUGCCGGACGUUAUCUUUCUAGACGGUGACGAAGUCUUCACGUGCGAUGCCUUUUGGGAACUCUUGGGAGGCAAGAUUGAUGAGCUGCCUCCCCCGGAUGCGGACAGGGAUGUCGAGGCCGGGGAAGUCGACCUUUCCGGUGCCAAGAAACUGUUCAAAAUUUCCGACGAGGAUGGGUCCUUAGUCAUGUCGCUGGAGAAGGAAGACGGCGAGCUCUCUGAAUCUGAUAUUAACGAUACUGAUGCUUGGGUGAUUGCUUGCAGUGGCCAGUGCUUUAUCUACAUUGGAGAAGGGACAAACCAGGAUGAGAAAUUCUAUGUCUGGAACAACUGCGACAAAAUUCUCCUGGCGGCAGAUUUGGAUUCCGCCGCCGCCACAAGCUUCCUGUCUAAGGACUCUGAUGCUGAGACCUGGGCAAAAUUGUUCUCUUAGUUUCAUUCCCAUUCUUACGUUUGUACUUUUCUGGGGGUGGGUACACGGUGACGCAUGGUAGUCGAGCCUCACGAGAAUGAUUCACUCCGUUUCGCAACUAAACUUUUUUUUCGA